ACCUAAAUGUUUUCACGAAAAUUAAAUGAAAAUAUUCGACGGAAGAAACAUUGCCAACUGCAGUUGCAUACGACACCGAACAGAAAAGAAACGAUUUGUGUUGGCAAACCCGUAUUCCGUGUUGUCCGUUAAUCGACAUUUAACAAUAAUAAAUUAAUAAUAUUAAUAAUAAUUAAUAUUGUCUGUCGUGAGCCGCCACUCGCAACGCGGUGACUCUUGUUUGUGUCGCGCUUGAAUCGGAAGCCAAACAGGAAGAGUAACGGAUCCGACAUGGAAUACUUCGAAUACGACAACUUUUUGCACUACUCCAGUCGGCUGCUGAUGGCCGACGUGCUGGGUGACGUUUACGUGGACUUUUCCAAGCUGAAAUCGGCCAACAGCCGGUUCAUGUUCACACGUGCCCUGCUUCGCAAACACAAAUUACAGGUCGAGUCGUUGGACAUCGACAUGGAGUACGACGAACCCACCGUUUCGGCGAGGCUCCGACUAAACGGCAACGAGUUCUUCAAGGCCAAGCWGUACGAGAAGGCCGCCGACAUGUACACCAAAUGUUUGGAGGGCAGCGAUUCGACCACUGAGUGCCACGCGCUCGCGCUGGCCAACCGGUCGGCCGCGUACUUCCAUAUGGGUCACUACGAUCUUUGUAUAAAGGACGCGCGCUGGGCCAUGGGUUCCAAUUACCCGUCCAGGAUCGCGUACAAACUUUACGAACGGGCCGGACACGCAGAACGCUUGUUGGGCUUCGUCGAACGGGCGAUACAGAGCUACGCCGUGUGCUUGACGCGACUGGACGAGUCGGACAUGUCUGCGGAGAACAAGCGCAAGUUCCGGAUAGAGAUCGAAAGGGCCGCGAACGAUUGCGAACAAGUGUUGGCCGAGCACAGAAGAACGAUGAAAACACCCCGYCCUGACGAGCAACUGGUUGGUGGAAGAAACGAACACAUUCCAGCACUAUCGGCCUUUGUGGAACUGAGAAUGUCCGAAAAUAUGGGACGAGGUGUUUAUGCCACCCGCGACAUUAAUCCCGGUGAUGUUGUGGCCAUUGACGAACCUUACAUUUGUGGGCCUAUUUCAGAUAAUACAGAAGUUUGUCAUUAUAAUGGUUGCCUAAAGUUGGACUUGGCUCUUUAUCCCUGUCCAAAAUGUUUAUUGGUUUAUUACUGCAAUAAAGACUGUAUGAAUAAAGCCAACGAAGAAGGACACUAUUUGGAAUGUCCAAUUAUGUGUUUCAUCAAAUCAACACCAGGAAUAACAAGAAUUAAUGAACUUGCAAUGAAGUGGUUUUUAAAAGACUAUUUGAAAAUGGGGUUAAAAAAAUAUUGUUCAUUAGUUGAUAACUUUUUUAAAUCUAAAAUUGAUCCUCUAACAAGGGGUUUUGAUGAGACAGGUCAAUAUAAAUCUGAUAACUUUUUAACUGCUUAUUCUUUGGAUAGUAAGGAAAACAAAUUGUCGAUAGACGUUUUGUUUUUUUUUAACUGUAUUGCUGUUGAUAUGUUGCAGUAUUUGAUAUUAAGUGGCUUUAAAAUUCCAGAAUGUUAUAUAGGUACUGUGGGUGCUUCUUUGGUGCAUAUAAUCAUUGUUUUAGAUUUAAAUUGUAGAAAGUUAAACAUCAAUGCCCCUACUAUAUCUUUUCAAGAAAAGCGUCAACUUACUCUUACAAUAGCAUUAACUUUGUAUCCAACCAUAUCUUUAUUCAACCAUUCUUGUGAUCCAAAUAUAAAACGAAGUGGAGAAUUAUCUGAUAGAAUAAGAGUUAUGAAGGCAAUUCAACCAAUUCCCAAAGGAACUCAGUUGUUUGGUACUUAUGGAAUAAUCUUUAAAGGACAAGAUAAAAAAUCAAGACAAGAUCUUUGCAACAAAUGUUUUUACUUUAAAUGCUAUUGCCAGCCUUGCAUAAUGAAUUGGCCAACAUGUCAUUAUAUACCUAAUCGUCUUUCUACAUUAAAUAUUUUGAACCCUAGUAUGGCAGAUAUUGUGUCAUCGGAAUGCAAAAAGUUUGUGGAAUUUACAAAGUCGGUGAAAUUGGAAGAUUGUUGUCAGCAUUUAAAUUAUUUAUAUUCAUUUAUUAAGCUAUUGUUUGAUAAUGUAAAACGGCCAUUUGAAUUAUAUGAGGAUUGUCUUGAAAUGAUAAGUAUUGGUCACACCAUAAGUUCCAAUGAAAUAUACUUCAGUGAUAUAUAAGUAAAUAUUAAUUGAUAUCUUUAUAAUAAGUUAAUUAAUAGUUAAAUAAUUCUUAGUUAUGUUCAAAUAGUAAUUUGUAUUCAGCUAUUCUUAUAAGUGAUUU